AUGCCAGCAACAGUGAAGAAAGGCGUGAAACACGAACAAAGCCAAGACAAGACGAGAACAGAAGAGCUAAGUAGUCGCCAAAAGCUCCCACAUUGCCUGACCCAUGAGACAACAAGUGCUUUUACCUACUGGAUUUCCAGGCCAAAGAUCGAUGGUCGAACAAAAUCAAUCACACAUCGUCCAUCCAUGAAGCCUAAGUGCGUUCCGAGCCCUCCCACGGCUGAUAUCAGGCGAGCGACGCGAGUAGUUGCCCAAGGCGAGCACCAACAGCUCCCCAACACCGGCACUACCGGCCCUGAGCUGUGCCCACACGCUCUCAACAUCCUUCCAGCGGUUUGGUUUGUCCCCGGCGUGGCUUCAUACGCACCCAGCAAGCCUGGAGAUGAAGUGAUGUUGGACUGGGACUAUCAGACCGACGAGACAAGUCAGAGAGAUGCACGCUCUUGCCAUCCCGCAUCGAUAGCCCUUCCGUUGAACCCGUUUCAAGCUCACUCGAGCCAAGUGGUACAGCGUCUCCUUGAGAUGCAAGAGACCGCCGCAUCCCCGCACAAGGAAAGCAUCGCAAGACAUCCAGAACCCUUGCGCAAGCUGCUAUCCUCCAGCAGCCCCUCCCCAUCUGAUCGAUCUCAAGAUGUCGUAAACAAGUUAUCGAGCUCGGGCUCAGAAGACUCGGCGUACGGAAGCGCUCUGUCGUCGGACGAGGGGGUGGGCGUGGGGACGGAGAGCCAGAGCGAUGCUGAGCCCCAGCAAUACGAGUACGACGACGGCAACAGCGAGCUCUUCGCCCAUGUCACCCUCAGACGAAAGCAUCAUGAGGACCUCCGCACCAGAGACAGCGUCAUGCUCGACAGCACGACCGUCACCAGCUACUUCCACAUGCGCCAGAGCGAGGCGGCGGCGGCGUUCGGGAUCUCGCUGACGGCCUUCAAGGCCGCAUGCAGGAAGCUCGGCAUCCAGAGGUGGCCGUACAUGCGACAGAAGGCGGCUGCUUCCGCCCAGACCGCCAAGACAGACCCAGACCAGGAGGCCGGCGGGGCGCGUGGGAGGAGGCGCGACCGGCGGGUCACGACGGGCCCAGGCGCUGGGGCGGAGCAGGAGCAGGCAGGCAGGGCUCGAUGGGACGGCAGCCUUGAGGACCUGAUGGAGGAGGCGCUGGAGCAUUGCACGCGGAAGGAAGAGGGGCAGUUUAUAGCAGAGGGCAAGUGA